CCAAAACAAUGCAAUACCAAAGCACAGGACUUGAAAGUGCAUCUAUCAAUCACAUUACUCAAGCCAUUGAUGACACAAUUAACACAGGAGUGGAGGUAAUGAUAUUCUCCUCCUCAUAUGAGAGACCUGUUUCAUGUCGUUGUUCUGCUCGUUAUGGCAAUAUUUUGUACUUAAAUAAUAUUAGAGUUUACAAUGAUUUUGCUGUUAGUAUUCAACCUACAGCUUGCAUUGAUAUUGGUACAAUUUCCAAGAUUGGUGUUUGGAUUGGACAUAAGGACCCUGCAACAAUUCGUAAUGGGUCGUAUGUUGAACUGACAUCAGAUAGUGUUACUUUGAAUGAUGAAAGAGAAAAGAAAGCAUAUCAUUACCCUGGCUUGUUACUGGGUUUGUACUCCAACUCUAACAAACUCCUUGGCAAAUUACAAGCAUUUCGUAGUGAUCACUGUAAUCUUCCAUUAGCACAUACCAGAUAUUAUGCUAACAUGGGUACUGUGUAUGCCAAGGAGAAAUGUCCCAUUUUCGGUAGAUUCACUGUGGAUCUUUCAAAACCAUUUUCUUUGAGAAGUUUGGUGUUUAUUUAUUAUGGAGAUACCAAUUUGAUUCCAUCAUUCCAAAACUGUGAAUCCAAUGCACCUUUUGUCUCAGUCAACACUGUUGAUGGAUUUACCUAUCAAGGUAAAUUUCAACCACUGGGAGAAGAAGGUGGUCGUUUAUCUGAUUUUGGAAUCAAUUCUUGUCUUAUUUGGAAACAUCAUCCAUUUGGUCUUAAGAAUUCCAGCUCCAAAAGUGUGGACACUAAACAAUAUAUUGAUAUUAGAGGUGAAUGCUAUCUAUCUCUUGGUGCUUCUGUAUCAUUGAGCAUCCUUCCAAACACAAACAUUAAUCCAAGUAAUACUGUACAAAACAAAUACAACAAAAAUCAAUAUAGUCAACCAACAUUUAUUCAAACAACUGAUCAAAGCAUAGAGCUCCAUCAAAAGACAGGCAGGGACUUUGAGACCUUCUUUACAAAAUUUAAGGAUCUGGUCUGUGACUGCGCCUAUGAGUUAGUUGGUACCUAUACUCGUGAAUUUUCUGAUUGUGUCAGAAAUUAUGGUAAACAGUAUCAACAAGUAACUGGAAACAACAUCAAGCCCUUAGUUGAAUCAGUUAUCUUUAAUAUUCGUCAUCCUGCAGCACAUAGAGGUUUGAAAAUGAACGAGGCAGAUGCACACAUUGAAUUAAUGAAACAACUUGUUGCAGACUUGUUAGGACAUAUGAUUAAUCACUAUAAUGUUUUCAUUACAAAUCUUUACAAUAAUCAAAAUCCAUUGCCUCCAAUAUAUAAUCAAUCAAGGAUGAAUUAUCAGGCUAAAACUCAAAAAAUAGCCGACAGUAUUGCAUUAUUCCAUCAAGACUUGGAUAAGAUUUAUAGACCUAUCAAUGCCUAUAAAGAAUGGAGGCAAACGAUGAUGGAAUAAUAACUAAUCCAACAAGAAAGCUAUAUUAACACAUGUGUAAAUAACAAAAUAAACAAUAUUCAACAAAUAAUCUCCC